AUGCACGCGCCGAUCAACCUAACAGACGACAGUGUGGUGCACGAUGUGGUCACCAAUAGCCCGGAAGAGUUCACCCACACCGGUGAGGUGUCCACGGUGAGUCCAGCUGCUGCCGCAGAAGUUGCUGCAAACGGCGAUCCGGUGACACUUUCUCCGGCAUCUGAAACAGCGGCAGCACUUCCCACCACCACCGCCCCAGUCGUGCACUACUUUUCCGACGUGGAACUGCCCUGUGAUGAGGCGGAAGAACACAGUUCCUGUCCUGAGCACUCGCACUGUGUCGGGUCCUCGUGCAAGUGCCUCGACGACUACUGCUUCGCCAACUCCACCACCACCUGUCUGGUGACCAGCAACAGUGAGGUGGUCUGCCUCUGUGAGCCUGGCUUCAGUGGGGAUCGUUGUGAACAUGAUGGAAACACUGACGCUGACAUCUCACCAGCUGCCGCUAAAUCGGAAACAUCAUCAUGUGAUUCAGUGCACUGUCUCAACGGUGGCACCUGUGCAGUGUUUUCGUCCGCUGAAGGUGAACCUCAGCAAGUUCACUGCAAGUGCCCAGAAGGGUUUGAAGGAAAACUGUGCGAAAACAAGCUUCCUGUCGAUCACUGCUCGCCAAAUCCAUGCGCUCAUAAUGGCACCUGUACGAAUGCUGAUAGUGAUCCCCUGUACAGCUGCGCCUGUCAGCCACCAUACACUGGCACCAACUGCAGUCUGGUGAAAAAUCCCUGUGAAGAGAGCCCCUGUCAGAAUGGAGGCACUUGUUUGGCAGCAAACGACAUGCUCACCUUCAAAUGCUCAUGCCAAGUGGGUUUCGAGGGUGACCACUGCGAGAAGGAGACUGACCACUGUCUGGGCGCCAACUGCACCAACGGUGAGGUGUGCACCAAUCACCGAACUGGCUUCACCUGUGCCUGUCCCCUCGGCUACCAGGGCGCCAACUGCAGCGAACGCAUCGACUUCUGCCGCAAUGUCAGCUGCGAACACGGCGGCAGCUGCCAAUCUGGUCUGACCAACUACACCUGCGCCUGUGCCGCAGGCUGGAAGGGGCCGCUGUGUGAGGCAGACAUUGACGAGUGCCAAGAAGAGAAGGCCAUCUGCAACUCGGGUAUCUGCGUGAACCAGGAGGGCAGCUUCGAGUGCUACUGCCGACCGGGCUUCACGGGCAUCCGCUGUCAGCAGGACAUUGACGAGUGCCUCUCCAGCCCGUGCAAGAACAACGCCACCUGCAGCAACCAGAUUGGCACGUACAAGUGCAACUGUCCGCGUGGCUGGACGGGAAAGGACUGCGAGGCACGCAUUGACAUCUGCAAGUCAAAUCCCUGCGCCAAUGGCGGCACCUGCAAGGACUUGCUCGGAGANUCUGCAAAGUUUGAGUGCGAGUGCCGCGUCGGCUGGACCGGGCGUCAGUGCGAGACGGCGGUCGACUGGUGCAAAUCGAAUCCCUGUCAGAACAACGCCAACUGCCGCAAUGUGGUGGCCAACUCCACUUACGAGUGCGAGUGCCUGAAGGGCUGGAGCGGACUGAACUGCGACACCGACAUCAACGAGUGCGCCGUGGGACCGUGCGACAACGGGGGCACCUGCUGGGACAAGGUGGGCGAGUACUUCUGCUCCUGCAUGGCCGGCUACACGGGCACCAACUGCGAGGUGGACAUUGACGAGUGCGCCAGCAGUCCCUGCGAACAGGGAGGCACCUGCGUCGAUGAGGUGAACACCUUCAAGUGCGUCUGUCCACCGGGCUAUCGAGGUACCAGUCCCUGCGAACAGGGAGGCACCUGCGUCGAUGAGGUGAACACAUUCAAGUGCGUCUGUCCACCGGGCUAUCGAGGACGACUGUGUGAUGUGGACAUUGAUGAGUGCCAAUCGCACCCUUGUUUGAAUGGCGGCAAGUGCUUCCAGAAGCCUCAUGGCAAUUUCUACAACAAUCAAAGUCUACAUGACAGCGGCAAUCAGUACGAGCUGGACCCCGAAUCGCUCGGCUACUACUGCUCCUGCCAGGCUGGAUUUGAAGGAACCAACUGUGAGGUGAACAAGAACGACUGCACUAUUCACAGCUGCCAAAAUGGGGGCACCUGCAUUGACGGCAUCAACAGCUACUCCUGCCACUGUCCACAAGGCUUUGAGGGAAAGAUGUGCCAGUACCAAACUGAUCCCUGUCUGCGACACCUCUGCCGCAAUGGAGCUACCU